GGAACGUAACCUGUGGAAACUUUCAUUUGAUAAACAAGACGUCUUGCAAGGUUUCGUUUCUUAAAAUCAUCUAGAUUGUUUGUUUCAACGAAAUCUUCAAGGAGGCACAUAUUACAUAAUUCAUUGUAAAGUUGGAUGCAUUAUUUCACGUUCAUUUCAUAAAUACCUGGAUUUCCUUGGACAUGGAAGGGUGUAAAAUGGACUUUCUUUAAAAUAGUGUAUAGUUGGUGUGUGUAGAAAUUCUAUAGUUACAAAGGAAAAAAUGUUGACUAUGUGGAAACGUCAACAUCCAGUGCUCUCCCUUUGUAAGUCUGUUGCACUGAGACAUAGAUCUACCGACUUCCAGAACACGACUAGGCCGGCGGAUGAGACGGAUAUAAAACCAUUUCAAGAAAUUCCUGGCCCCGGAGGAAUAUAUAAAUGGCCUAUUAUCGGCCCUUUGUUACUCUUUGGAUCAAGUGGUGAUGGAGCUCAGAAAGUAUUUGAUCGAUUGUUCGACCUCUAUGGACCAAUAUUUAAGGUCCAGUUGUUUGAAACUCAUGUAGUUCUCUCAAACCCUAAAGAUUUUGAAACUGUAUUUAGAAAUGAAGGGAAAUCCCCCAGUCGCCCAAACAUCUCUAUCAUCAAUGCCUUCAGCAAGAGACAAGGUCUAAAAGAACCCAUGAUCAAUUUGCAAGGUGAAGAAUGGUACAGCUUGAGAAAUGCAGCCAACAAAUACCUUUUGAAAGCGGACUCAGCUUUACAUUAUUUAUCCACACAGAAUGAGAUAGCUGACGAUUUGGUGAAAGUUUUAACCCAGCAGGGAAAUAUGGACAAUGAUCUGUUAUUUCGUUACACCACUGAGAGUAUCAGUGUAGUGGUAUUUAAUAAAAGGCUAGGGCUGCUAGCCAGUAAUGUCAGUCCAGAGAUGCUGGACAUCUUCACGGCUACAAGGAAUGUUGGAGAACUUAUAGCAGAGGCUGAGAGUGGGAAGUCAGUGAUGCACAGUUACUUCAGAAACAAAACCUACCGGGAUUUUGAAGACUCUUAUCUUAAAAUAAGAAAACGUGCCAGUCAAGAUUAUUACAUUGCCAAAGCGGAAGUUGAGAAAAGGGAGAAAGAAGGAACACUGCAAUCCGACGAACGAAAUUUACUUCUGUCUCUCAUCAAAGAAAAAUCUUUAACUGACGAUGAAGCCAAUAAUAUUUUGUCUUCCAUGUACAUCGGAGGGGCUGACUCGACCUCCAAGUCCCUGGAGCUCUUGCUAUUCAACUUGGCCGUAUAUCCAGACAAGCAAGAACUGUUAAGAAAGGAGAUCAUCUCCCUUAUUGGGAGUGACGGCCCAUUGACAGCUUCAGCAUUGGCUCAAAUGUCGUACUUAAAAGCAUGUGUCAAGGAAUCCUUUAGGGUUAAGUUCCCAAUGUUUGCCGGACGUAACAGAGCCUUACCAAAUGACUGUGUGUUGAGUGGUUACAAAGUUCCUGCUGGGACCAACAUUCUCAUGAUGAAUCCCCGAGCGCUUAAACUCGAGUAUGCAGACCAGCUGGCGUUCACACCUGAGAGGUGGCUGAGGUCGAACCAGGACCGAAAGUCUGAUGCAGCCAGUAAUCUAAUCAUUUCUCCUUUUGGACAUGGUCCAAGAAGCUGUUUGGGUCAGCGGCUGGCAAUGCAAGAAAUGUAUAUAGCAACUGUAAAGGUAUUGCAGAAACUAAAUCUCGACCUUGACACAGAAAGCAAAAACACAGAAUUUGCUUAUAAACUUUUCCUAGAACCAGUGAAACCAUUACGUUUUAUAGUGACUAAAUUAAAGUAGUUUUGUUUGGCAAGCAUAGAGCGUAACAGUGUUUUAUGUAGUAUCGCUUUACAGAGAGGGAGAGAGAGAGAGAGGGAGAAUGAAUGAAGGAAUCGCUCUAUAAUUACCUGUUCGGGAAAGCCGAUUGUCUAAAAACUAGAAUAAUGAUUUAGCUGCCAUUCAUAUAGUCUCACAUGCCCGAAUAAGUGUGCCUACGGCUGCCAUAUAGAUCUAUGGAACGUAAAUUUGUUGGUAAAUAUAGUAAAAUAACAUGUAAGACUGUAUAACUCGUAUAGUUGAUACUGUACUCAGUCUUGUAGGUAAUGAGUGUGUAGUCUGGCCGGAACACACGCGCAAUUUCUUUUACUUUUCUUUUAAUGCUUUUUAAUAUCUGCUAAUAUAUGCUAAACAGACUCAAUUGUUUAUGCCAUUUUGUGAUUUGCUGUAAUUUUCUCAAAUAUUUGUUUCUAUUUAAAACCGUAAUAAAAUAAAUAUAAUCAUCA